AUGACAAUCUCGAUCUCAAAGACAGAUUCAGUCCAUGUACCUUAUAUUCAAGCUACCGAGACAACCGAGCAGCUAGAUUGGGCUGAUCUGGUGGCCUUGGACUUAUCCAAAUUUGACAAGCCUGGGGGUAAACGCGAGCUUGCGGAAGAAUUUACGAGAGCGAUUGAACAGAUAGGCUUCUUUUAUGUCAUUAAUCAUGGUCUCAGCCGGGAAGCCAUCGAUCAACAGUAUGCUCUAGCCUCAUCCGUUCUCAGUCUGUCGGGUGAAGAAAAAGCACCAUAUAGAGCAGCACUCGAGGCCGGCGAUUUCAAUGGUUGGAAGCCCCGAGGCACCAGAGAACUGAUCCCAGGCGUUCGGGACAACUUCGAGAUUUACAACAUCCCAAAGUUCAUCCCGGAGCAUGCGUCACGGCCGCAUCCUGAUGUAGUUAAAGAUAAUUUGGCGACAAUCGAGCAGUUCUCCAGAUAUGUCAACGACGAAAUUGUCAGGAAACUUCUCGUUAUAUUUGCGCUGGCACUCGGUCUCGAGGACGAGGAGUGGUUCGUCAAGAAACAUCGUUACGAGAAGUCUAGCGGCGACCAUCUCCGAUACAUGAAGUAUUACGCGAGAAGUGAGGAGGAGAACCGAAAGCUAGGUGGUGUUUGGUUGAAGGGACACUCGGAUAUGGGCAGUCUGACAUUGCUCUUUCGACAACCUGUCGCUGCGCUCCAGGUCCUCACGAAUGACGGGUCCUGGAAGUGGGUGCGCCCGCAGACCGACGCGCUGACAGUGAACAUUGCUGAUGCGCUGCAAUUCCUCACGAAUGGGUACCUUAAGUCAAGCAUCCACAGAGUCGUAGCGCCUCCGAAAGACCAAGCACAUAUCGAUCGCCUGGGGGUUAUUUACAUGGUUCGCAUAGAAGAUGAUACGGACCUGGUCCCGAUCAAGGAGUCUCCUGUUCUACAGAAGCUUGGCCUCUCUGAGGGUGCGGUGCUUGGAAGUGACGGUAAACCUGUGAAGGCGGGAGAAUGGGUAAGGGAGAGGAUAAUCAAGAACAUCGGUGCCACGAGUCAGUCCAAUGGCGACAACUCGGUCAACGAUCUAGAAGUCAUCAAGGGUUCUGGAGUCAAGAAUUUCGCAACCGGAAGGUACAAUAGCAUUGUUCAAAUUGCGACCGCGCUGACUGGAAGUUUCACUCUUGAAAUGUCCGGCAUCCCUCUCACCGCUGGCAUUGAAGCAUCCAACAAAUGGCCUCCACACGAUGGCCCCGGCCCCGCGUUUGAGCCGGGUCCCGCCGAUUUCAAAGCAGCAAAAAAGGCUGAGCGCAAAGCCGAGAAAGAGCAGCGACGCGAAGUUGAAGGUCCCUCUCGCACAGAGAGCAUUGUGCAGUCGAUCAAAAACAAGUUCUCGUCUGAUUCAAAUACGCCUAAAAAGUCACGGAUAGAGAGGAACCGGGACGGUGUACCUAUCUAG